AUGCAAUGGCAAGUUAACAGGCAGUUCAGGAAGGACUGUGAGGCUGCUAUGGCCAGAAUUCCAAAUCCAGAUGUUGUGGAAAAACCUAUCAUCGCACAGAUAGCUGGAAUACCAAGACGUGGAGAAAUCCAAGUUGGACAGAGGGGAGGAGCCCUUCCCAUCCAAGAACAUGAGGUUCCAGUCCGGCCAGAAGGCCCUGCACCAGUCCAUGCCCCCCAGAAUCAGCCAGAACCUCCACCUAUUCCACAACAUGUGGCCCCACAAGAUCAACCCUUGGCAUUUUUGCCUGAGGCACAAGUUGUUUUGCCCUACAGACCUAGAAGCAUGGACCCCAAUCCAUUCCCUCCACCAACAAGGGGUAGAAGAGGCAGAGGGGGGAUCAACCCCUUUACCAACAAUGACAGGAAUUGA